CGUCUCCAUUUUAACUCCGGGCAGUGGGGGCGUGCCCCGUGCGUGAGGGCUGGUGGUGAGCGGAGGUGUUGCUGGCUGUCACAGUGUUGCAAGGGGGCAGCAGCAGCGGAGUCAGUCAAUGUGGAGGGUUAGUGGGUGCAAGCAGGAGGUGACAGUUCAAGGACAGGCCACCCUUGCCACCGCUGACUGACCCUGGUAACCAGCCCUCAGAGUGCAGCAGCCCGGCUCUGUCACCCUCCUGCAAGAUGCCCCUCGCCCGCAGCCUGUCCGUCACCUCCCUCACCGGUCUGGAGGACUGGGACGAUGACCUGGACCUGGACAACACUGUGCUGUUCGAGGUGGCCUGGGAAGUGGCCAAUAAAGUGGGUGGAAUAUAUACGGUUAUACAGACCAAAGCCAAGAUCACCACCGACGAAUGGGGGGAAAACUACUUCCUCAUCGGCCCAUACUUCGAGCACAAUGUGCGGACUCAGGUUGAGUUGAUUGAACCUCCGAAUCCUGCUAUCAAGCGCGCGCUGGAUUCCAUGAACUCAAAGGGCUGCAAGGUUUACUUUGGUCGCUGGCUGAUAGAAGGCAGCCCGUAUGUAAUCCUCAUCGACAUUGCAGCCACAGCCUGGAGCCUGGACCGCUGGAAGACUGAGUUAUGGGAUAGCUGCACCAUUGGGAUCCCGUGGUAUGACCGAGAGGCCAAUGAUGCCGUCUUGUUCGGCUUCCUAACCGCAUGGUUCCUUGGUGAGUUUGCAGCACAGUGCGGAGAGGAGAAGCCCUUUAUACUCGCCCAUUUCCAUGAGUGGCUAGCUGGCGUUGGCUUAUGUAUGUGCCGAAUUCGCAAACUCCCAGUGGCUACCAUCUUCACCACACAUGCCACUCUACUGGGCCGGUAUCUGUGCGCUGGAAGUGUGGACUUCUACAACAACCUGCAGACGUUUAACGUAGAUAAGGAAGCUGGAGACCGGCAGAUAUACCACCGUUACUGUAUGGAGCGAGCAGCCGUCCAGUGCAGCCAUGUCUUCACCACCGUCUCUCAGAUCACAGCGAUAGAAGCUGAGCAUCUGCUGAAACGCAAGCCUGAUGUAGUGACCCCGAACGGUUUGAAUGUGAAGAAGUUCUCUGCUAUGCACGAGUUUCAGAACCUCCACGCUCAGAGCAAGAAUCGCAUCCAGGAGUUUAUCCGAGGUCAUUUCUAUGGACACCUGGACUUUAAUUUAGACAAGACCCUGUUUUUCUUCAUUGCCGGUCGCUAUGAGUUCUCCAACAAAGGAGCAGAUAUCUUUUUAGAAGCCUUGGCGAGACUCAACUACCUUCUAAGGGUUAAUCAGAGUGACACCACCAUCGUGGCAUUUUUCAUCAUGCCUGCACGGACAAAUAAUUUUAACGUGGAAACCCUGAAGGGCCAAGCAGUACGGAAGCAGCUGUGGGAUACAGCUAAUGCGGUGAAAGAGAAGUUUGGGAAGCAGCUGUACGAGUCACUACUAGUAGGGAAUUUACCUGACAUGAAUAAGAUGCUUGAUAAAGAAGAUUUCACUAUGAUGAAGAGAGCUAUAUUUGCUACACAGAGACAAUCAUUCCCUCCAGUCUGCACCCACAACAUGCUCGAUGACUCCACCGACUCCAUAUUAAACAGUAUUCGACGUAUUGGUCUCUUCAACAGCAGCUCUGACCGAGUGAAGGUCAUUUUCCACCCAGAGUUUCUCUCCUCUACAAGCCCACUUUUACCAGUGGAUUAUGAGGAGUUUGUACGUGGAUGCCACCUGGGGGUCUUCCCUUCCUACUAUGAGCCGUGGGGCUACACUCCUGCUGAGUGCACUGUAAUGGGGAUCCCCAGCAUUUCCACCAACUUGUCAGGGUUCGGCUGUUUCAUGGAGGAGCAUAUAGCGGACCCAUCCGCCUAUGGUAUUUACAUCUUAGACCGGCGCUUCCGCGGAGUGGACGACUCCUGCACGCAGCUCACGUCCUUCUUGUACAGCUUCUGUCAGCAAACACGGCGCCAGCGCAUCAUUCAGAGGAACCGCACAGAGCGCCUCUCUGACCUGCUAGACUGGAAGUACCUGGGAAGGUAUUACAUGUAUGCCCGGCACAUGUCCCUGGCGAAAGCCUUCCCUGACAACUUUACAUAUGAGCCCCACGAACCAACAGCAGCAACUGGUUUCCGUUAUCCGCGUCCAGCAUCUGUGCCACCCUCUCCUUCCCUGUCUCGCCACUCGAGCCCACAUCACAGCGAAACUGAAGACGAUGAGAGGUACGACGAAGAAGAAGAGGCGGAGAAAGAUCGCCAGAACAUCAAGCCGCCAGCCAUGUCCACAGUGGGGCCAGUCCCCGAGUGGCGGAAACGCUCCAAGAAAGGUUCGGUGGACGCCAGCAACUCCAGUAACGCUAGCGACGCCAGCACUCCAACCAUCCCAAGUAGCCCUAGCGACCUCAGCAGUCCCACCAACUCGCUCAUCGAGGAGAGAAACUAAACGUUUCUCUUUACGUCUUUUUAACCUGAAGACGGAGGUUAUCGGUCGCUGCCAGUAGAAGAAGAGAACAAAAUCAUCGCAAGAGGAACGGAUGUGUAUAACAUUCUUAGGUCUGUAGACUUAUCUAGGCCCCACCAGGUCAAUAGGGCUCCAGCGUUAUCAUGCCUGCUGGAUCCUAACGUCACUUGCUGCUGGGUGGGGACUGUGAAGUGCAGCAAAAUAACACGUAAAGGGCAUAAACUACGGAAUGCACAACAAUUGUUCAUGAUACUGUACUGGGAAAUAGGUUCUUUUUGCGUUGGGGCAUUGUGAUUUGUGUAAUAGCGAAGUCCAGGUAGAGAGAUGUUUCUUUAUUGGUAGCUGUUUGGUUAGUUGACGGGACAGCUUUGGCGAAAGGCAUGCCGUACAGUUCAGUCAAGCUCAGCCAAUGUAUUUGGUGAUGGCACCUGUUCUUCCAGUCUCUCGACAGUCACUCAGACUAUCAAGCCUUUCUUUUCUUGGGAACACACAACAGUGAAAGGUGUCCUGUAAAUACAUAAGCCUCACGUUUUUUUCCAGGGUCCUGUAUUGUUGUGUGCACCUAGGAGAGCCAGUUAUGACCAUCAGUAAUAGCAUUAUCCAUCCGUUAGACAGUAUUCUUUAUCACCAGUGCAACGCUGUCUAGGUCCAACUGGUCUUAUCGUCUGGUUCGUAAUAGUGGCCUCUUCCUUCUAUUGCGAUGUUGCUCUGGUGUCUGUGCCAUAUGCCUGACCCAUGUGCUCCUGUAGGAUGUCUUCCAGCCACACACACCAUUACUGGUAAGCUGCUAAAGGUCGAACAAUCUCAGGCUAUUAGUUCAAUGUUCUGCAUUGAUUGUUUACAACUAGAAAACUAGCACCCGUGGGAGAUAAGUGAUCACCAUCGGACUUAGGUGCAAAUUUUGCACCAAUCUGGUGCUUGUAUUCAUCUUCUGAGCUCUGCACAGCUAUAAGCUCAUUUCUGAUUGGUGGCUUCGGUUCAGUGUAUAGUUUGUACCUGAUUAAUGAGCCCCAUGUGAUCUUAUUAAAUAACACUGUAACAUUAUGUGGAUAAAUCUGCUGUAACCCGUAAUAGGCGGUGUCUAGCUGUCAUUUGUGUAACACAGGUUACAAAAUGACAUUAGUUGUUUGAUUUGGUUGCAGUAGUUUAGAGAACGUUGCGCAGUGUUCUUAAAUAAACUCUAAUUUAAGUCUGUGCUGUAAAACCUAUCAACAUGGGGUCCCGGUGAUAGUAUGCACAUAUGCUAUAGCUAUGGAGAUCUCAGGUAGGGCAGGAAGGUUGCCCCUGUGCUAGGUUACCCCUGAUGUGUGAGACGCAGCCACUGCCGCCUGCGGCAGAGAUCUGCAGCGCUGCCUUCCUUUUACCCACAAUAUGAAUCCAGAUGAGUUUGUCACGCUCUGUGGAAAAUUCUGAACUCUUGCGUUUUGUUUCCUUUUAUACUUUGCUCGUCUCUGGUUUACAGCCAUAUUGUGAUCACGCCCUGGUUCAUCUUUUAUAUCUGUGACCGAUCAUCGUGCCAUGGAGCUGUGGAGACUGAAAUCUCACAAACCAAUAUAUAGUAUUUAAAAAUAAAAUUUUAAAUCUGAUCAAA